AUGCCCGAGUCGCCGAAGACCAUGAGGCUCAGGAUGCUGCAGCGGGACCUUCUGGAGCUGCAGGUGGGCUUCGACAUUCAGAAUGUGAGCCUCCGGUGGGCUGCGAAAGAUGUGGAGAGGGCGCGGAAGCAAGUCGGCUCAGUGGAGCAGGACUAUCAGUUCCUCAAUAAUCUCUAUGAGGCAGCGGCACGUGUCCUCAAGGAGCAGACUACAGAACUGGAGAGUCUUGAGAAAGAUGCUGCCAAGAAGGGACAGCAGAUCAACGAACUCGACAAGAUGAAUGGUCGGCUGGAGAGAGAAAGGGCAGACCUUGCAAAUGAGGUGAAGAUUCUUGAAAUGAGAGCAACAGAGCAGGAGAAGGCCCACAAGUUAUCUUCAGAUGAGCGACACCGGCAUCACAUCCAGGAGAUCGAAGCCCUUGAGAAAGAAAAUGGGCGUCUUAGGCAGCAAGCAGAGGAGUCAGCAAAGCAGGAAGUUGUCCUAAGGGCUGAAGUAAGAGGUCGAGAAGAGGCCCAGCGACACGAACUUGAAGACAUGCUGAAAUCCAGCGAAGCAGAAAAGAGAAAACAAAAGUUGGAGUUUCAGGCAACAAUUGCACACCUGUCAGAUAAGGCCGAGGAACUGCAGAACGAGGUGUUGCGCCUGAAAAAUGAUGCGAGGCAGCGUGAGGAAAGUCAUCGGGAGGAACUUGAGGAUCUUAAGAAGUUUGGCGAGGCUGACAGGAGAAAGCGAACGCUCGAUGCACAUGCAGACAUUGUUGAGCUUUCAGAUAGGGUUGAGGAACUCCAAAAUGAGGCAAUUGCGCUGAAGGCUGCAGCACGAGACAGGGAGAAAACUCUGCGACAGGAGCUUCAGGACUUCAGAAAAACGGUCGAGCUCGAGAAAAGGAAGCAGAGGUUGGAGGCACAGGCGGAAGCUGUUGUCAAUGCAGAGAAGCUGGAGGCUCUCACAAAGGAGCAAUCGCUGCUGACGGCUGGAGCCAGAAGUCAUGAAGAUGCUCUGCAGCAGGAGCUGGAUACCUUGAAGAAACUGCGUGAGGCAGAGAAGAGGCAGCAAAGGCUGGAUGGCGAAGCAGCAAUUGCACGCCUGUCGGCCAAGGUGGAGGAACUUCAGAAUGAGGAGACCAUCCUGAGGGCAGCAGCCAGAGAUCGUGAAGCAGCUCUUCGAUGCGAGCUUGAAGAAUUCAAGAGGACCACUGUGGAGGAGAAUAGGAAAGAGAGGUCAGAUGCUCAGGCGACAGUCAAACAGCUUUCAAAGAAGGUGGAGAGCCUCAGGAAAGAGGUGGCAGAAAAGGAAAGGAAGAUCCAACAAAUGCACGAUGGCCCUGAUAUUGGGAUGGUGGAGACGGAACUGGGCAUCGUCGACAGAUUGUUCACAUCUCUGAGUCCGGAAUCUGGACAGCAGCAGAAAGACGGCGAUGCUGCCAUGCAUACUAAACAAAAGAUGGCAAAGAAGCCUGCAAAACCGCAGUCAGGGGAGGAGCUGUCAACCAAAACAAAAGGGAAAAGAGGCAAGGAACCUUUGGCUCAAACAGCCCUUGUAAACACAGAUGCCAAUGAGGAGGAUAAUGUACGCAUGAAUGCUGAUGGCAUUGAACCUGAGGCUGUCGGGGUCUGCAACCCAGACUUGGAGAAUCGCCCUGUGCUGGCCAAUUCAGCACAGCCAACAGAAGCGCCAGAUCGGCCAGGUAAUGGUGAUGUUACAGCGAAGCAAGCAGGAAGGUGCAGGCCAACAAGAAAAUGUGCAGAAGCGACGAACCGGAGGAUUGCCAGAACUGCAGACUCCCAUGGGGAAGAGGUCUUGCAGUAUGGCACAGCAAGCCCCACAGCUGUUGACAAAGCUGGAGAGAAAAAGAGGAGAGGCCACAAAGAGGGAGUUGAGAGAAAGCAACCUGGUGAGCAGGGAAGAAAACGUCGGCGACGCGGGGAGGCUGAGGCUGAUGAAACACAGGAGGAAGAACACCCAGAUGCCAUGGAUCCCCCACAGCAAGUGAAUGAGCCCAGCUGCCAACAGAGGAAUGAAGACGAAGAGUUGCAGGGCGGAAGAGCCCAUGCUGCCAAAAAGGCAGCACAGUCCAAGAUGGCCACUGACCCGUUGGGUGCCCUCACAGACAAGGCUCUAGCUGCUGCGAAGUCCUGGAAGGACCCCAAUGCAUCUGCCGCAGCUCCAUUUAAAGUUCCCCAACCACGGGCAAAGGCGAGGCGGUCCUCAGCUGCACACAAGAGACCUCUGCUUCCUAGGUCCAGCCUGGCACACACAGACACACUCUCCGUUGCCAGCUUGUUUGGGACAGGGUUCACAGUGCCAAAGCUGCGAAAACCAGAGCUUCGAUAA